CGCUUGCUUUCUCGCCAUGUCUGGCUCUUCUAGUGUCGUCGCUAUGAAGAAAGUGGUUCAGCAGCUUCGACUGGAAGCUGGGCUCAACCGCGUGAAGGUUUCCCAGGCAGCUGCAGAUUUGAAACAAUUCUGUCUGCAGAAUGCUCAACAUGACCCCUUGCUGACUGGAGUAUCUUCAAGUACAAAUCCUUUUAGACCCCAGAAAGUCUGUUCAUUUUUGUAGUAAAAUGAAUCUUCCAAAGGUUUCCUAAACCACUCUUAAGAACCAGUGAAUAUUCAAAGGAGAGCUAAAAUAUGAAACUUGUACAAAAGCUUAUCCCUACAACAUAUGUGCCAUACUCUACAGAUUUCUACUUUUGUCAGUUCUUAACAUCUACCUCUCUGAAUUUUCAUGAGUUUCUAUUUCACAAGGGUAGUAAUUAUUUUAUAUACACUGGUAGCUGCAUAUAAUAAAGUCCUUGGUAUAAAA